AUGGCUUCAGUAGACAGUCCCAAGAUGGACUUCACGAAAUUUCACAACACGAUUGAUGGUAAGCUUACAACCACGCCAACAACACGCCACGGCAUCAACCCGGCCAACAAGGAGGCUCUCGCCGAAGUUCCUGUUUCAACACAGGCAGAAGUCGAUAGUGCAGUUGCGGCCGCUCGAGUCGCUUUCAAGAAAUGGUCCAAGACUACAUUUGACGAGCGUAGUAAAGCUCUUCAUGCGUUUGCCGAUGGCCUGAAUAACUAUAAGGAGGAGUUCGCUCACCUACUGGUUACCGAGCAGGGAAAACCCUUGUUUCAGGCCAAAGGCGAGAUUGACAUGGCAGUGAACUUUCUUAAAGAACUUUCCUCAUUAGAACUGCCGGAAGAGGUCCUCGAGGAUACGGAGGAACGCAAAAUCCUAGGCCGUUAUCUUCCGCUGGGCGUCGUUGGCGGGAUUGUCCCAUGGAAUUACCCGGUCCUCCUGGCCUGUGGGAAAAUUGCAUCUUCCAUUUACACGGGCAACACAGUUAUAAUCAAACCAUCGCCUUUCACGCCCUAUUGCAGUCUGAAAUUGGGUGAGCUUGGGCUGCAGUAUUUCCCGCCUGGAGUUUUCCAGGUCCUUAGUGGUGGAGAUGACCUGGGUCCUAUGAUGACAAUCCAUCCAGGAUUGGACAAGAUAAGUUUCACCGGGUCGAGUGAGACUGGAAAGAAAGUCAUGGAAAGCUGUUCAAAGACACUGAAGCGAGUGACACUCGAAUUAGGCGGAAACGACGCUGCUAUUGUGUGUGAGGAUGUAGAUAUUGAGGCAAUCAUUCCAAAGGUUGCUCUUGUCUCCUUCUUCUGCUCCAGCCAGAUCUGCAUGAUGAUUAAACGGUUAUACGUUCACGAGAAGAUCUAUGAUCAAUUCCGCGACGCCCUAGUUAAACAUACCGAGGCCUUAAAAUCGGGCGAGGGUCAUACCCCCGACGUAUUUUUCGGACCAAUCCAAAACAAUAUGCAGUACGAGAAGGUCAAGUCACUUAUGGAAGCUAUCAACAAGGAAGGAGUCAAGCCUGCUCUCGGCGGGAAGGUUGAAGAGUCAAAGGGCUAUUUCAUCACGCCCACCAUCAUCGACAACCCUCCAGAAACAUCACGCAUUGUGACUGAGGAGCCCUUUGGCCCUGUCCUUCCUCUCCUCAAGUGGUCAGAUGAAGAUGAUGUCAUUGCUCGCGCAAAUGAUACUAAAAUGGGCCUUGGGGCAUCUGUUUGGAGCAAGGAUCUAGUCCGUGCUGAGAGAAUGGCCAGACAGCUGGAAGCUGGAGGUAUCUGGAUUAACUCCCACUUCGAUGUUUCUCCUCGAGUCCCCGUUGGAGGGCAUAAAUGGAGCGGCAUUGGGUCUGAAUUUGGUGUUAACGGGCUAAAGGGCUACUGUAACCUGCAGUCCCUCUGGUUGUGGAAGAAAUAA